GGUAUCGAUAAUACUAUGACGAAACAUUUGCUCGUUUGCUAACAAGCUCUGUCAACAUGUAAGAUACAAGUUAACGACUCAAUUCCUAUUGAAACAUAUUUAGCAGUGAUUAAUUUAUAUUUAUAAUUUAUAUUUACAAGUUGUUAGAAUUUCACAUUGUUAGUAUUUUUAUAUUAGUGCAAACAUGAAUACAGUUAAUCCAAUAAAGCGACCAUUACAAGUACCAAUUGAUCCUUUAAAAAUGUUGCUUUGCAAGAAUUGUAAACAAGAUGAUGUUGUUUUGAACCUAAAAACUUGUGGAUGCCUUUUAUGUGACUCUUGUGACGGUGAUUCUCAGAAUAUAUGUGUCUCAUGUCGAUCUAAAGUCGACCCAAAGAUAAAGUUGUCAUUUACAAAGAAUUUGAAAUGCAAGUUUUAUUAUAUCAACAAGUGCUUCAAUAUUGCCGAAUACAAGUGUAAAUGUAUUCAAAACUUUCUCUGUAGUUCAUGUCUGAACUCCACCCACGGAAAAAGAUUACGUGAAUGUUGUGUUCCUGAAAUUUUGAGACCUAAAGUUACAAGUGCCCAUGAACCAUGUGGAAUGUGCGAUGAAUUUAUUGCUGAAUUCAAAAUGGUUUUGGAUCCAUUUACAAAAAUUUGCUUCAAUUGUAGGGUAAAUAAAAAAAUUAUAUGUGUUCCAUAUGAAAAAAGUUCUGAUACAGAUUCAGAAUGGAAUCAGUUUUAUGAAGAUUUUGGACUAUCUUCCCAAAUGACUUCCGAUAAAAUCAAAAAACUUAAAGAAUUAUUGGUAUCAAGCAGUAACUUUCGUGAACAGGAGAUGAAAAAAUGUAAAGAUGCAAUAUCUGAACUACAGAAAUGUUUGGAUGAAUACACUGAGCAAUAUGACCGACACAUUGUUACACUCAAACAGCAGCUCGACAGCUUCAAUAAGAUUUCAAUCAUUUUCAAGCUUGAUGGUAAAUUUAAAACGAUUCUUGAUCAACUCAAAAAUGAAAAAUUGACCUUACAUGGAGAACAAGGGAAAGAUCAAAUAAUUAAUUUUUUUAAAUAUUAUCGAGAAAAAAAUAACUACGAUCCUUCAGCUGAGCAAAUCAAGAGAUUUGUUAUUCAAAAGAAUUGCAGUAGGACACAUAUCUUGAAGUUUCCGUUGCCUUCCACAUCCAUUUCAGAUGUUUCAACGGAUUCAGAUACAAGUGUUCAAGAAAUCAUCGACAAUAAAGUCAAGCCGUUUUUUAUUUUGGUUGAAAUGCAAUCUACAGUAAAUAAGCGUCAAAAAAUACUCGAGGAUAUUGAGAAACAUCAAGAUAAAUGGGUUCAAAAAAAAGAUUUUGAUGUGAACGACAUUGUGAUUAUAUUGGAUGCUUAUGCAAAAGACAGACACAAAUACAAGAGGGCUAAAAUUUUGAAACGAGUAGCGAGCACGUCCAAAGUUUCUCUCCUUGACUUUGGCUUUGAAAUUACCGUGAAAAAAAGCUCAAUCGGUGAAAUUAAGGAAAUCAAUAUCGAUGGAAAAAGAUCUUGUUACCUUGCUCAACUCACGGGAAGUGUUGAUGUAAAAUGUGGCUUUGAGCAAGAGAGUUGGAUUUCCAACAUUUCCCCAUGUCAAAAUUUAUUACCUAAGGCUCAGCACAUACAUUUAAUUAGUCAGAGCGAAGCUUCUUGUUAAUUUUUUACAAUUCCAACAUUGUUUCCAUACUGGAUGGUCAGGAUCAAGAUUCAAGUUAUUGAACUUAUAUUUUAACACUGCUUUCUACAGCAAAACACUUUUCGAUUCUCAUAUUAAUAGAAUCUGAACGGCAAUAACCGGAAAGCGAACCAGACUCAUUAUUUUGUUUGUAACAAAAGAUCUAAAAGCCCAAUAAUUUCAUCACAUCUGUAUAAAGUUUACCGUUUUUAAUUUUUUAGCUUUUUUGUAAAGUGUAUAUGUAGCUCUAUGAAUAGCUUAAAAUAAGGCUAUUUCAUGGCAGUGUCAUUAUAAACAAAACGAGUGUAUGCUGUUCAAUAAUGGGCUUUUUUUGCCUUCAAAUUUAAUUUAACCCUAUUGUAAAAAAUCAUGCAUCAAAAAUUAUAACCUGUCAUCUUAUAUCAUAAUUUAUCACCCAACAAUGAAUAACGAAAUUAUAAUAUUUAUAAGAAAAUCACAGAAUG